CUAACCAUUUUUGGUCUCCUUUGGUUUCCUGACCGCUUUGGUUGAUUCCCUCACUCCCCCCAUUUGUAGCAAAACAGUAGGCAAGAAAGGGAGACCACAUGCUGUGAGGAGAAAAAAUAUAUAUAUUUAUAUAAGUGAAGGGCGUGAAAAAUGCUAAGCAAAGGUGAUUUCAACUCAUACAUUUACAUCCCAGUUAAGAACAACGAUCACGUGAAGAAAAGGUCCAAGGCAUGUUUUGAGCUUCUCCAAAAACUGGUAGAAAAGCAGCUCGCCAUAAGCAAAGAUAAGGAGAAGAUAGCUAACCCACACAAUCACCAGAGAGACGAAUUAAACGCAGGGGAAGCAUCAAAGCAUGUCUUCUAUCAGCUGGACGAAUUAAACAAAUGUAGAAAAAAAACAAAAGGGGAGAGUACCAAAGAAGAAUUUAAAAACCACAUACACAUAACGAUAGCAGAUCCAGUGCAAAUUAAGAAGCACAUGAUUACUUCGUUUGUUACAAAGAUAAGGGAAGAGCUCCAAACGCAGAGUUGUUUUCACCUUUUUUUUAAAAAUUCCGUGGACCUCUACCGAAGCCAAAAGCACACAAAAUACUUUUGUGCAUAUUCUGUCACCCCCGAUCAACAAGAAACGCAUUUAGAUAUUUUAUUAAAACGAAUAGAAAAAGUUUUGGAAAAAUUUGGACUGACUAACCAGUAUGCCAAUAGGAUAUGUCACCUUUCCUUGGCAUACACAGACAUCAAUUUGGCACCCCUGCUUGAAGAAAGCCAACUGAAUGUUGGGGAUACCUUUUGGCCAGACAUUCAGAAAAUUGUGGAGGAUAAUAAUUUAAGCUCAAGUUCAACCCCAGAAAGUGAAGAAUUUUGCAUUUACGUGAAUCGAAUUUGUAUCCGUGUUGGCAACACUGUGUAUGAAUCUCGUUUUAGAAGUUUGCACGACGAUUUGAACAUACUACAGUCUGAUGAAUCGGGGGAUAGCAGCACGGAGUGA